UUUCUGUGAAGGCGGGUAGUUUUGCAGAACCAAAAACCAAGCGCGACCCGACCCGCCAGCUUGAUCGAAUCCACGCGCGGCGGCGGAUUCGACCUGCAGCAAACGGAGAAAAAUUGUGGUCCACCGUGUACGAUAACGGUUUAAAGCUGCGUUCGGACGAGACCGUGCCGGGCUUUAGCUCGGCCUCGCCCUGGCCCACGCUCGAGCUGGAAUGGGGCCGGAAGCUCUAUCCGUCCUCGGUGCCGCGCGGUGCCGGUGGCAUGAUGUUCGGCCUGCCACCGACCGGGGCAGACAUGAAUCAGCCCCGCGGCCCGAUGACAUCGCUCAAGGAGGAACCGCUCGGGGCCCGCGCCUGGAUGCAGCCGGCCGUCGAUCAGGCAAACUUGGGCAUUGGACGGGCACACUUUGAGAAGCAGCCGCCAAGCAAUCUGCGAAAGUCGAACUUCUUCCACUUCGUGGUCGCCCUGUACGAUCGUGCCGGCCAGCCCAUCGAAAUCGAGCGGACCGCUUUCAUCGGCUUCAUCGAGAAGGAUCAGGAACCGGAUGGCCAGAAGACGAACAACGGCAUCCAGUACCGGUUGCAGCUGCUCUACGCUAAUGGUGCCCGCCAGGAACAGGACAUCUUCGUGCGACUGAUCGACUCGGUUACGAAACAGGCAAUCGUGUACGAAGGACAGGACAAGAACCCGGAGAUGUGUCGAGUACUGCUGACGCACGAGGUCAUGUGCAGCCGAUGCUGCGACAAGAAGAGCUGCGGCAAUCGCAACGAAACGCCAUCAGAUCCUGUGAUUAUCGAUCGAUUUUUCCUUAAAUUUUUCCUCAAGUGCAACCAAAACUGUCUGAAGAAUGCGGGCAACCCAAGGGAUAUGCGACGAUUUCAACAGGUAGUGAUAGCAACUCAGGUGGCGGUGGACGGGCCGCUGCUGGCCAUCUCGGACAACAUGUUCGUCCACAACAACAGCAAGCACGGGCGCCGGGCGAAGCGGCUCGAUCCCGAAGGUACAGCCAAUUCUCCGUUGGCAAUGUCGGGCCACCAUCUGGCCCCGGACAGUACGUACGACGGCAUCUAUCCACCACUGCCAAUGGCUACACCUUGCAUCAAGGCCAUCUCACCGAGCGAAGGUUGGACUACGGGUGGAGCUCAGGUUAUUAUCGUCGGUGAUAAUUUCUUCGACGGGCUACAGGUAGUGUUCGGCACCAUGCUGGUCUGGAGUGAGCUUAUCACAUCGCACGCUAUUCGUGUGCAGACGCCACCCCGACACAUACCGGGCGUCGUCGAGGUGACACUCUCGUACAAGAGCAAACAGUUCUGCAAAGGAUCGCCCGGACGAUUCGUUUAUGUCUCACUCAGUGAACCGACGAUCGAUUACGGAUUUCAGCGACUUCAGAAGUUGAUCCCCCGCCAUCCGGGUGAUCCGGAGAAGCUGCCAAAGGAAAUCAUUCUGAAGCGGGCGGCCGACCUGGCGGAAGCACUGUACUCGAUGCCACGCUCGCCGAAUGGUACGUCCGGCUUUAAUUCGUACAGCGGGCAGCUUGCCGUCAGCGUACAGGAUGGCACUGGCCAGUGGACUGAAGAUGAGUACACACGAGCCCAAAGCAGUAGCGUCAGUCCACGGGGUGGAUACUGUAGCAGCGCCUCGACACCACACUCAUCCGGUGGUGGAUCGUACGGCAGCAGCAAUGGGUAUGCCACCGCACCCAACAUGACCGGGUUGUCCUCCUCACCUGCGAGCGUCUUCAACUCGUCCACUAGAAUCAAUGGACUGAUGAGUGGUAGCAGCGGCUUUAGCCCCUACUCGAUGACAACCUGCGCUUCGCAGGGUUACACACCGAGCCCGCUGGCCGCAACGACCACGUCCAAAUGAGCGAACGAUGGCAGCGAGCUGCCGAACGAAACUGUCUGUUAAAUAGUGUUUUUGCUUGGAGAUUAUUUUGUAAAAAUAACGAUAGAAAUGUAUUAGCCUUUGAUUUGGUGUGUUUAUUAGAAAGGUCUACUUGCACAAGCGGUGCUCUCCUUUAAUCAGGUGCAAGAUAGUGUUGUGAUUAGUAUGCUACUAACUACUACUAGCAAUGUUUGCACCGCAAUUUUUUUUAUUUUUUAUUUUUUUUUUUUGUUAAAGUGCAAUAAUAUUUACAUUUAUACACACACAAACCCACACUUUUGAGCCAAAAUCGACACUUUGUGGUCAAUCACAGUGUCAGCAGUCCUUUGUCCCGUCUCUCUUUGUACAGUUUUUGUACAGUAUGUUUAAUUCAUUAGGCAUGUGAAAUACGGCAAAGGGGAAAGGGAGAAGAACAUACAUGGGGGACAAACGUGCAUAUUAAACAGAUAUACAUAUUUACGUACUUAAAGUAGUUAAUUUUUUGCCAAAACACACAGAGAUGGUAGCCGAGGUAAAUCGAGACUUUAAACCCCCCUUUUGCGACUUAUUUAAUUAUACACACUAACUAAUAACCGAAGAACCGGCGGACGGCUCGCGAGUCAUCGAACGUAGAAUUUUAAACACAUCCCCCCCCCCCCCCUUAAUCCUGGUAACGGAAAGAGGUAUUGAGACAGAGCGACAGAGAGGAAAUGUUUAGGGAAAACGUUUGGCUAUUUUGGAAGAGCAGAAAAAAGGGAAAACCCAGCAAUGAAAAACAAAACCGAAUCAAAAACCAAUCGAGUACAUAUCGAAAGCGACGAACAUGUAUUAGUAUCGAACGAAGCCCCGACUGCAGCCACGGUGGCUGCAGCCAGUUUGUGUACAGCUCCGACGAUUCAUCGAAUCAACAACAAUCAUAUCUCUAUGAAACUAAUCAUUUAAUGCAAGUAAAAAUUACUACAACAAAAAAUACACCCACACACCCGUGUACACAUUUUAAAGUGCAGCCCAAAUUUACCACUCAUUAAAAUCUAAAUGUUUGUACACAUUCAAAGAAAGCGACGACACACAACUACUUUAAUGCAAAAAAGCAUAAUACUCAUAGUAUAAAACAUUAG